AUGGUCCUAAUGGCGUCUACUUUGAAGGGUCGACUGAUGUGCGACGCUCAUUUGGAGAAAAUGCUCGAGGUUCCCAGCAACCACCCUUCUAUAAACACUGUGGAAUUGUUUCUGGAACUGAAACCAAUUCGUGCUGGUGAUCUUAUUGAUCUCCGUGAUCCAGUGGAGAAUCCGCGUAAAAGACAGAAGAGGACACAACAACAACAACAACAACAAGUGAAGGAUGAUGGUGUUUCAGAACCGCGUGUUGUGUCUGGUUUGUGGCUUGAGGAUGACACAAUGCGUGUGGGAUUGUGUUUCAAAGAUUUAGAUGAGAUGAAGAAGGCAGUGGACUGGUGGUCCAUCAAGAGGCAGCAAAAGUAUUUGGUAAGAGAGGCCGAGAAGGACGUGUAUGUGUUUAAGUGUGUAAGAUGGGGAUGCAAGUGGUCAGUUUCUGCAUCAAGAACUGAAGAAGAAGGUGGUCUCUUUGAGAUAACCAAGUGUAAUGGCAAACAUACUUGUUACCCUAACUCUUCACAAGAUUUUGAGGUCAAGUUUUUAGAGUAUGAGAUUGAACGUGUGGUCAAGGCCCAGCCAAUGCUCUCAACUAAAGAGCUGGAUAAGUGGUGGAAAGAAAAGUUUCACUAUGCGCUUGAUGACGUGAUAGAGCAUUGUGCGGAAGGGUUUUUGCAGAGAGCGAAAGAGAAAGCUCUCAAAAGAAUCUAUGGAGGUUGGGAUGAGAGUUUCAGCUUCAUGCCCAAGUUAAUGUCUACGCUUCACUCUUCUAAUGGUCUGGUUGUGGACUGGCGAUAUGAUCUUUCUUUGUCGUUUCGAAGCGUGUUUUGGGCGUUUUCACAGUCUAUCAAAGGGUUUGAACAUUGUAGACCUGUGAUCGUUGUGGACAGUAAAGACUUGGGAGGCAAGUACAAGAUGAAACUGAUGAUUGCCUCCGGGUUUGAUGCAGUAAACCAAUUCUUUCCACUUGCAUUUGCGGUUACCAGAGAAGUAACUGUUGAUAGUUGGCGUUGGUUUCUCAGUAGAAUCAGAGAGAAAGUUACACAAAGGAAAGGACUUUGUUUGAUUUCUAGUCACCACCCGGACAUAGUCUCUGUUGUUAACGAACCGGAGUCUCAGUGGCAAGAGCCCUGGGCUUAUCACAGGCUUUGUCUGAAUAAUCUAGGCUCCAGAUUCUGUAGCGUUUCUCUAGGCUACGAGUACAUGGAGUUGGGGUUUCUUGUGGAGGAAGCUAGGUUGUCGAGUCAGAAGGAAGAGUUUGAUUCCAACAUGAAGAAGAUCAAAGAGAAGAAUCCAGAAGCUUGGAAAUAG